GAACGCGAACGCGAACGCAAACGCUUCCCAUAACGAAAGUGACAGAUUCCGCGUUCUUUAUUCACAUUUAUAUUUGCCGAUCGCGAUCGCGAUCACGAUCACGAUCACUAAUCCGAAUCGAUUAGUAAACAAGUUUAUUUAUUAUUUAUCUGUGCCACACCAGGAAUCCUACGUCCGUUCAUCCAUUCAUACUGUAUCUGAUUGACGUUGUACUAAUUAAAUUAAAAAGUGCUUAUGUGAUAUUGUUGUUACAGUUAUGUUCAGUGCUUUUGUGCUAAGGAUGGGCCGAUGGAGCCGAUGUCUGUCAGCCCUGAUUCUGGUUUUGGCGCUCGGGCCCUACAGUUCGGAUGCGUGCUCCUGUAUGCCGAUGCAUCCUCAGGAACAAUUCUGCAAAGCCGACUACGUGAUCGUGGCGCGGGUUAUGAAAAGGCAUUUCACCCAUAGCAAUGAUCAAGUAGUUUACAAGCUCCAAAUACUGCAAGAAUACAAGAUGUCGGAGAAAGCUCCGCACUAUUUGAAGUCCGGCCGAUUGGUGAGCUCCAGCUCGGACAGUAUGUGCGGUGUCCAGCUGCAGGUUGGCGAAACUUACGUGAUUAUGGGAAGGAACCGAUCACUUCUGUCGUUGUGCGACUUCUAUAGGCCUUAUAGAAGUCUCACGACCGUCAUGAAGCGAGGCAUUCUAGGGAUGUACGCGAAGGGCUGCCAAUGUCCGAUCAAGACCCUGAUGCGCGCAACGAACGAGAGCAACCGCCUCGCCUUCGAUUCGUGCAAGUGGAACUUCCUGAGCGGCAACUGCGAGGGCGACUAUGGCAUCUGCAUUCGGCGCGAGGACCAAAUCUCGGGACGGGUCACCUGCCACUGGCGACGAAAUUCCUUCUAUAAAAAGUGCAAGGCUCUUCAGAGCUAUCCAGAUCCGUGAACUACGUCUAUCGAACGAUAAAUGAUCAACUGGUAAUUAUAAAUACUUCUUCAUCGUGGGCAAGCAAAAUAUAUUAUUGAAAAUCGAACCGGGGCUCAGUUGGAAGGUCUUUAGUUAAAGAGCCUUUAUCGCAACAAAAUUAUUGGCGUAUGUCGGUGGAUUAAAAUAAAUUGU